AUGGAAGACAAAGAAUCGUUCAUUGAUAUAGUAAGUGACAGCUCAAUGAAAGAUGCAUUAAAAACAUUGGUUUCAUUUUGGAUGUCAACAAAAAUAGAAUACCCAUCUCUUUUCAAGCAAGCAUUACAAUGUUUAACUCCAUUUGUCACUACUUAUUUGUGUGAGAGUGGAUUUUCUGAAUUGCUGUAUUUGAAAAAUAAGUACAGAAGUAAGCUCGAUAUUCAAAGUGACUUAAGAGUGAAAAUUAGUUCCAUUCAGCCUAAUAUUGAUGUCCUUGUACAAAAUAAACAAAUAUCACAUUAA